AUACUGAUGCUACUGAUGCUACUGGUGAUCAGUCAGUGUAACAGCUGGAGAAACUCACACAGCUGUACUCCAGUACACUGUGACAUCACCUGUCUGCGCUCAUACUGAUAGUCUUUAUUAUUGUUAUUGUUGUUGUUGUUGUUGUUGUUGUUGUUUGCAUGUUUGUGGACUUUAAUGUCAUUUUUUACAGUGAAGGUCGAGCGAGGCUGAGAGUCAGAGAGGGAGGGGAGUGAUGACAUCAGCAGGGGGAGGAGAGAGAGACGGAGAGAGGGAGGGAGGGGGAGAGGGAGGCAGAGGAGGAAAACAGCAUCCUUCAUCAGACAGAGGAGAGAGAGAGGACGAGCAAGAGAGAGGAGGGUCGAACGAGAACAGAGAGACAGAGAGAGAGAGAGAGAGAGGACGCCGGGACGGAAAUAAAACAAAGAAGAAGAAGACUGAUGGUGUCGUCUGAGAGAGGGACGGACGGAGGGACGAGAGACACCCAGACAGACAGACAGACUGAGAGAGAGAGAGAGACAGGCAGCACGAGGAGGCUUUAACAUCUGUCAUCAGGCCUGUGUGUGUGUGUGUGUGUGUGUGUGUGUGUGUGUGAGUGUGUGUGUGUGUGUGUGUGUGUGUGUGUGUGUGUGUGUGAGAGAGUUCAGCUGAUUGGACCACACAUGCUGGAAGGCGGAGCCAUGAUGGGCAAAGAUUACAUGUUGGCGAUCCUCAUAGUCAACUAUGACGACAACAUCUGGACAGACCAGAACCUGCUGCUGGAUCCGGACCUUCCCUCCGGCUGGAGGACCAUCAAAGACUCCACAGGAACCUACUACUGGCACGUUCCCACCGGGGCCACCCAGUGGCAACACCCCCGCCUCAGUGGGACGCCACCGCCGCUGGAGGCUCAGGAGGAGGGUGGACAGCAGAGCUCCAACAGAGAGACAGACAGACCACCUGAGACCAGGUCUUCGUGGCAUGAAGAUUUUCUCACCAACUACGACCCCAACUCCAAGUGCUUUGCUGUCAGGUCUCUGGGCUGGUUGGAAGUGGAGGAGGAGGACCUGUCUCCCGGUCGCAGCAGUCUCGCUGUCAGUAAUGUCAUCCAGCAGCUAACUCACUGCAGCAGCCCUGAGCAGAGAGACAGGCCAGGGGCCUGGGGGGAGGGGAGGGAGAUGAUGCUGGUCCUGAAGAAAGACACUCUGUCCCUGUUGGACCCUUUAGACCACACCCCCCUGCACUGUCAGCCAAUCAUCAACAUUCGUGUCUGGGGGGUGGGCUGCAACAACGGCAGGGACUUUGCCUUCGUGGCGGGUGAUAAGGACAGCUGCGUGCUGAAGUGUCACGUGUUCCGCUGUGACGCUCCAGCUAAAGCCAUCGCCGCGGCGCUGCACGAGAUGUGCUCUAAGAUGUUGUCGGAGAAGACGCUGAUGAGGCCGUCGCGCUCUCUGACGAUGGAGAGUAUCUCACCUGAAGACCUGCCUAGACAAGUGGAGUUUCUGGAGGCGGUCCGGCAGCAGGUCCAGAAGUUCCAGGUCCAGUACAUCGGAAACCUGCCGGUGUCCAGAGCCAUGGGUAUGGAGGUGUUGAAUCGCGCCAUCGAGAGCAUCAUGAACUCCACCGACAGAGACGAGUGGGAGCCGACCGUCAUCCACAUCACCGACAACGUUAUGUCUCUGUGGAAGGGACAGGAAGGGGAGGAGCCUUUCUGGGAGUGUCAGGUACGUUUCCUCACCUUUCUGGGCGUCGGCCACGACAGUCACACCUUCGCUGUGAUCGUUGAUGGCGGCACGCAGCGGUUCGAGUGUCACGUGUUCUGGUGCGAGCCGGACGCAGGAAACCUGUCUGAGGCAGUCCAGGCUGCGUGUAUGGUCCAGUAUCAGAAGUGUCUGGUGGCUCAGACUCCUCCUCCGAGGACAAAGUCAUGGCGUGUGAACCCGUCGAAGGUCAAACGGGCCAACUCCAUGGACGGCGCCGCUUUCCCUCCUCUCACAUCCCGUCACCAUGGCAGCAGCGGCGGCGCUAUGAUGGUGCCGAGGAUCACCAAGGGCAACGGCAGCAACGUGAGGAAGGGGAUGAUGGCCUUCUUCGAAACCUUCCGGAACAAACAGGCCGCCACCUCCUAAUGACGGGGCGGGGCCACCAGAGACAGCAGCCACCCUCCAGGACUGAAAUGUGUUCGCCAAGACCACGACGGCGUUCUCUACACCGACACGUGAUUGGCUGCACGGCUCUGGUGGUCCGACCGGCUGACUCCAUCACCAGCGACCAGAGACCGCAGUCGCCUGUUAUUUGGACCAGAAAAACACCUGAUUGUAUCACCUGUUGAACAACGACUGGACCCGAUCAGACCGACCCGUCUCGGUCCACAUCCAUGAUCCUGGACUCAGACCAGCGGAGCUACGGAGGAUCAUUUUACCCAAAACUAAAAGAGAAGCUGCCUGAAAUAUAAACGAUGAUUAUUAUACGUCUCAGGAUAAUGAGGUCAUAAUUAAUGUUUGAAUAUAUAUAUUGACACAAAGGAAAUAAUCAAUAAUCAUUAGAUUUUAUCCUUUGAGGUCAGCUGUGCUCUACGGAGGCCCACUUCUGCCAAUACAUUCAAUUUACACUUACCAUUUAAUAUUAUUAUUAUUAAGUUGGCAGAAAUGGGCUUCCAUAGUCUUCACUUAAUCAAUAACCUCGAUAGAAUCAACCCUGUGAUACUUUCCCUCCACUGUUCUGUGACAGUUAUUGAUUAUGAUUCCUUAAAUUUCUCCUUUAAAGAACGUAGAGCUCAGACGCUGCAGUGAGUGAGUCUGACCACCGGGGGGCAGAACAGAGCCGUCACUGUGUCCAUCCACAAUCCACUGUUUAGAUCUUGGUGCUUUUUAACUCUAGAUUUGAACCGGAUGAAGGAUUUUAGUCAUCGGACGUCUGGAUCUUAAGUUAUCAGAGAAACAAGCUGAGCUAACGUUAGCAGCAGCUCGGCUCGCAGCCCCUCCGGGACGUCCUUUGUCUGUCCAACAGCGUGGGAGAAGCAGUGAUUGUUAAGGUGGAACUGCUUUAUUCAGUGUGUUUAGUGGUUUUAAUCAGCGGGUCUGUUUGUGUUGGAGAGGAGGAGACCUCUGUGGGUAGAAACAGGAAGUUCCUCAGAGGAUCUGAGCGAUACGACUGAAUGAACUGAAUAAGAUAACAAACGAUAAAAAGAGAAACAAAGAGUUGAAGAUCCAGUCCGACAGUAUGUGACCUGCUGCACUUAAAUGCCUCAUGACCCGGUCAGUAAACACACCACAAACAAACAAACAAACAAACAUUAAUCUAAAGUCAACAGCAGUUGGACUGUGACAGUUAGAGCAUGUGUGAUAGCUGAAUGUAGAGCUGGAGCUCACAUAUAUAACUUAUAUUAAACAUAUUUAACGGACUGCGAGCUGCCUCCUGAUUGGCUGAAGCACCUGUAGAUAGAAGCUUUAGUGGUGUGUUCAAUGUCAGUAGGAAAUAUGAGCGAGAGGGUCUGUGUAUAUCUGCAGUAAAGACAAACCAAUGAUGUCAUGUACAAAUGAACUUAGAAAUAAACAAAUAAACAUUC